AUGGAGAGGAACUGGAGAAGGAGCAAGGAGGCGGACAGACGGUUUGAUCCUCCUUCAGGCAGAGGCGGCGAAGACGGCAGGCGGGGAGUACAGCAAGAGACUCUGAACGAGAGUGCGCUCCAGCGCGAAUCGAGGGCAGGACUGAAGGCAGAGGCGACUGGGAAGGAAGGAGUAAAGAAGCUCGUUUACCGUGGAAGAAUAGAGUGUACUGCAGAACCGAGACCCAGAGGGAGCAGGAAGGGACAGAAAAGAGAGGGAAAGGGAUCGAGCGAGGCGCAGCGAGGCGAGAAACCGCCGCGGCACACACAGGAAAUCUUUCACGUUUUCGAGUUUCUUUGGUUUGCCUUCUCAUGCAAAAAUAGGGGGGGGUUCACCGUGGCGAAUUACGCGGACGCUGCGUUGGUUCGCCGCGUGUUUCUGAUCGCCUCGCGGCACACCGAGGUCUUUCCCUAUCCCUCUAAGUCUAGAUCGAGGAGACGCGGGUCCUACUUGAGAGCCGCGGCUACGGCUGCGAACAGCCUGCCGCGGCGGGCGCCCACCGCGCUGGCUCGUCCUCUGCCCCGCCGCCUGCUUUCUUCGCUUCUCCUUCCUCUUCUUCCUCCGCUUCUUUUUCGUCUCCCGUCGCUCAGACGACUGAGGAGCGGGGGGCGAGGCAGAGGAGGAGGAGGAUGCCCGUUCUUCUUCUCCUGGCGGGGCGCGCCGCGGGGGGAAGCGGCCGCGAGCGUUGCCUCGGAGUACGCCGCAGACGUCGUGUACGAUCUACUCCUCGGCGUGGCCUUCGGCCUCCUCGACAUCCCGCUCUGGGGGCGACGCGAGCAGCACCAGCUUUUUCUCCGCUUCUUCGUGCCCCGGGCGGAAGGCCCUGAGGCAGUCGGCAGUGCAACAGGCAAGGCAGAAGGCGAAGGGGAAGGGGGCGACCGCGCAGACGAAGGCUGGGAGGCAGGGGAGGCGGGCGUGUUUUCGGCACCUGCGAUCUUCUCGGCCUUCCACCGGUUCCUCAGGGACUUGCCGCUGCUCGCGGCCUCCGCGCCGUUCCUCGCCGCGUACCGGCGGCCGCAGUCGCAGCCGCAGCCGCAGCGUCAGCCUCUGCAUCUUUCGCAUGGCGGAGAGGAGGAGAGCCCUGGGACUGGGGCUGCCGGAGAGCGAGGCAAUGAGCGGGAGCAUUCGCAGGCCUACCACCCCUCUUGGCGGAACUUGGCUGUUAUCCUUCACGUUCUCGAGGCGUUCCUCGCCACGCCCCGCACCCUUCCCUCGCUUCUCUCCUCUCUGUCUCUGGAGACUCCGCCCGCGGCCUCUUGGUCGUCUUCCGCAGCGGGCCCCCGGCGGUCGCCAGCGCCUGCGCCCCUUCUGCGCGGAGACGCGCUGCUCCACGCCCUUUUGAAUCUCCCCGCUCUCGUAGAGGCCGCGCUGCGCGCUCUGCCGGGCGGAGCAGCGGCGGCCUGCAGCAGCGCGCUCCUACCCCCCGCGCUCGCUUCGUCUGCCUUCUCACAGCGCCUGGGAUUCGCAUUCGUCGCCGUCUGGCGGCGGGCGCUCGCCGCGACCCCCCACGCGACCCGCAGGCGCGGCGGCCGGGCCUGCGAGGCCCAGGCGCUGAGCGUCUUCGGAGUCGCUGCGCCAGCGGAAGAGAGACAGCGCAGCAGGGGGCGGUCUCGCGCCCUCGAAGGUGCCGCGAGCCCCGAGGGUUCAGGGUUACGGAGCCCGCGCGACGGAGAGGAGGGCAGAGACGCGGAGAGCGAAGAACGGCCAGCGGGGGCGACGGGCUUUGCGUCGGUUCCCUCCGAGGCCCCGGAGGCCCUGCGGGUGGCGACGCGCAGAUUCGUUUUGCGAGGUCAUGCCUCCUUUCUGGCUCGCGCCCUCGUGGCGUCUCUUCUCGCCGCGACGAGCUUCGAGGAGGCAGCGCAGACGAGCGAGGCCCUGUGCGCGGAAGAGAGCGGAGGCAGCAGCUGCAGGGGGGAGGCGGCCUCGGCGCCCGUGGUGAGCUCGCAGUGCGGAGGAGACGGCAGAGGUGGAGGGGCUUCGCGCGCUGAAUCCGCGCAGCCGGCGCGCAGAGAUCACGAAGAAGUCUGUGCCGUUGCCUUUUUCAUCACGCGCGAACUGUCGCGGGAAGAUGCCUGCGGACCUGCGGCGCACGCCUUCGUCUCCGUGUGUCUGCGCGAGGCGAGUCCGCUGCUCUUCCUCGCUGCGGCGCAGCUGCCAGGGACAGACUCUCUCUCCCUGGCCUUCUCUGCGCAGCAGCGGGACGGCCCUGCGCACGCUUCGCUGCUCGCGUUUCACUCGGCCGCGGCGCCGCGUCUGGCCUGCAGCAUCCUCCUGGGGCUCCUGCGGGUUUCUUCGAGUUCUUCUCCACGCGCUGCUUCCCGCACAGUGGAGACUCGUUUUUUGUCGCAGUUCUUGCUGACGACGCUGGAUCCCUGCGCAUCCCGGCCGCUCCCUCUGCCGCUGUCUCUCUUUCUUCUCGAUCUGCUCGCGGGCUCCUUCGCCAGCGCGACGAGCUCGAGCCCCGUCGUCAACCCGGCGUCCUCUGCGUCUGCUGCGGCUCUUUCCGCGCCUCCGGGCCCCGCGUUUUCUCCUUUUUUCGCGCUCGCCUUUCUGGAUCUGCUGCAGCAUCUUCUGCAGCUCUGGGCGAACCAAGACUGCGAGCUGGUGUCGCUGUCCCUGCACCAGCAUCUGCUGCUCGCUUGUCUGCUUGCCCGCGCGCUGGCGAGUCUCGCGUACCUCGAGCGGGUCCUCGGGGUGCGGCCAUCCGGGCCAGAGGCUGCACGGGCCUCGCGCCCCGCGGCGGAGGAGCCGCUCCGCGCCGCGGACGCGCUGCUGCGAAGUCGUCUCCGGACUGCCUUCAGCGCGAACAAGAAAUUCAGCUGCCUCAUGCGCGGCAUCCACGCCCGCCUCGCUAGCAGUGAGGAGUUCCUGCGACUCCUCGGCAUGCUGCUCGCUGAGCGAAUCGCGCGCGAGACGCUCGCGCGCCUCGGGAAGACGUCCAAGGCCGACGCGCCCCAGGGGGUGCAGGCAGGCGAGGAAGGCGAGGAAGAAGGCCUUGCCUUCAGGGAGCUUCGCGACCCGCAGGUGGUGUCGCGGCACCCGAAGCUCCUCCUCUUCGCCGCCGCCGAAAGUGCCCGCUGGAUCCACGCCCCCCGCCCCGAGUUGGUUGAAAGGCCCGGAGAUGGAGACGCGGUCGGGAGCGGGGGCGCGGAGGCGCCAGCGGAGGCGGGACGCGCGCGCCCAGGGGGCGGAGGGCCUCAGCCAGCGCACGGCGGAGACGAGGAGCAGACGCUCCCGCCCUACGAGCCUGUGGGAGAGACGCUUGAGGAGCUUCAGCGCGUGCGCGCGCUCGCCGCCGUCCUCCACGAGAAGCGCUGCCGCAGCCGCGCGCAGGGUUUCGCGUCAGCGCCCUCUUGCUUCGCGAAACUGAACGAGGAGGCGGGCAACAGGCAUGCGGUGCGCGCCGAUGCAUGCAUGCGUUCGCUGGAGGGAGAGAGUCGGGAGGAAGGCCGAGACACACUCAGAGAGAGCCAGGCUUCUUCGGGUGCUUCCUCGCCACACGCGCGCCGCGCGACUUCGGCUCUGCGAAGCUGCGCGCCGGAGCCCGCCUCCUGUGCAGCAGAGUCAUGCGCUGCAGGCGGGGAGCAUGCGGAGGAGUGCGGACGCGAGCAGGCGAAGGCGAAGGGCCGCGCGAUUCAGAUCGUGUCCGACGAGGCCACAAGUGAUGAAGAGGACGAGGACGACCGGUACUUCCAGUCUCUUCCGGAUCUCCCCGUGUUUGAUGCCUCCGGUUCGGGCGGGCCUGCGCCGGGGGCCUCUGCAGCCGCGCGUGCCUCUUCGUAUUCUCCUCUUGCUUCUGCGUCUCCGUCGCCGUCCUCGCCGUCUCCUCUGGCUUCGCUGGCUGGGGCAUCUCAUUUUUUUGUGCUGCCGUCGCCGCCUCCAGGCGCUCCGAAUCUUCCGCAGAGUGUGCGGCAAGUCGUGGAGUGGCUCUCGGGUGAGAUUCACAUCGUGGACGAGGCGACGUCGCACUUUUCUUCAGUGGAUCCGUGCACGCCGCCAGCGACGAUGGCUGGGCCCAACGAGCUGCCGGCGCACCGUCUGUACCGCGUGGCGGCGGCGCUCCAUUGCUGUCCGCUGCUCUUGCUCCUGCAGGCAGACUUGCCUGGGUCGCCUCAGGCGUUCCUGCGGCAGAGGCAGCGAGACGGCGACAGGGACGCUAACGCGUUACUCGCGUCGCGCGAAUUCCAAGACGUGCACUUGGCGCCCCGCCUCCUGCGGCUGCUGCUGAGCAUUCAGACGAACAUAGGCGAGGCCCCGGGCGAGCUGGAGGUCCUCCGGAGGACAAGCAUCUCUGCGCUGCUCGCGGUGCAGCUCGCGCCUCUUUUGAGUCCGGUGUGCGAGACCCUUCUGGACUCGCAGGUAUCUCUCCACCAGAAGCUCCUUCUCCUCGACGCCCUGCAGAGAGCUGCUGCCUGGCUCGCCGCUGGAGCGCCGAGAAAUUGGCGUCUUCUCAGACCCGACAUGCCCGAGGAAGAAGGCGGAGACGCGGAGGCUGCCAACCGCGACUCAGCAGAAGAGGGCAGGGACGAAGCGAAGACAGAGGAGGGCGGUGGGCCUUUUUUGGAGCCGAGCGCAGAAGGCAGCCGAGAGGGGGGGGACAGGAGGGCGAGGCGCUUCGCACAUCCUUCGAGAGCUGCAAGCUCCUCGAUGAAUCUGUUCAUGCCGCACUCGUCAGCUGUAUGCACGCGCAUGUUAUCUCUGUUGGACCUGCCGGCGUAUCCCUCCUCGGACUUCGCGGAGGAGCAAAUGCACGCGCAUCGGCUGGCGUGCCACGAACGGCUCCUGCAACAGGAGACAGUCGUCGCCAGUCUGCUCCACACUGUCGGCGCGGCUAUGCAGCUCAGCGGCCGCGCCUCUCUGGACGCUGAAGAGCUUGCGGCGAUGACGUUUCGCGCGGCCGUCCGCUUCAAGGACCACAAAGACCGCAACGUGAGACGCGCGGCUUUGGCGCUCCUCGCCGCCGCCACUUCGGUUGCGCGGUCUCUAGACACUCUGCUCAGCUCCAUCGAGUACGCCGAGAGAAGCCUCGGGUGCACUCACGCCCUCGCGCAGCGCGCCGGGGGUUCGGGGGAGCCCACCGGCGAGGCGAGGCGCCUCUCUACGCAGGAAGAUGAUGACAGCGGUCUGUGGUCGUUUAGAGAUGAAAACGCAGGGUUUCUGCUCAGAGAAAAGGAGGUGUAUGUUGUGGGUGCGGAGGUAAAGGGCGGACAGGGCACUGUCGAGUGGUUAAAGACGCAAAUGCAGGAAGACCCCGACGAGCUCUGCAGGCGCCUCGCCUCUCUGGUCCUCGGCCUCUGGCUGGAGCUGCCCUCCUGA